AUGUGUUAAAGUAAUUUCUGCAUUGGCUCAGGUGAUUACACCCUCCUCAUUUAGGGUUUAAUGGAUUAAUCUUUGUCAUUGUCUGAUCCAAGAGGAAAGCUCUAAUUGGUUUGUUAAGGUCAAUAUUAUGGAGCUAAACUCUAUAAGGAUGCUUUUAAGAUAUAUCCAGCUAAUUUCAAUCCUUGCAAAACAAGUUUAUACAGAUUGUACAUGAGACUCGUUAAAAAUGGAGAUAAGGUAACUCAUGAGGAAUUCAUAAAUUUCUUCCCUCAUAUCGCUGCAAGAGCUGAAGUUUGGGUCAAGGUUUUAGAUAACAGUGGAAAGAUUGCAUACAAUUUGGAUUGGUACACUUAGCAUAAUGCAUAUGUUAAGCAGCAGAAAUUGUAAGAAAAGAACUAGAGAUUGGCUCAGCAAAGCAAGAAAUUGAAAUUCUGA